AUGGCCCAGACACCAGAGCAGCGCAGACGGAACGCCAAGUUCGUGAAGGACCAGGAGGCGCGCCGGGGCAAGUCGGAGAGCGAGAUCAAGAAGCGCACAACCGCCACGGCCAAGGCCAAGUCCAAGUCGCCCAUCUCGCCGUUCUGGCUGACUAUCCUUGCCUUCGUCGUCUUCGGCGGCCUGGUAUUCGAGGUCAUCUCGCGCAUCUUCUUCCGAUAA